AUGGCUGUCCACCGACUCAACUUCUUCACUAUGACCCCAUCCCUGCUUCUGUGCGGGUCACAGGCUAUCCAAUGGUCUGACGACUAUCUUGUUUCCCUACGAGACGUCCUACUCUUAGACCCUAUUCUUCAGCCCUUUGCCAAUGCCAUCCGUGAACUCCCCCAGUUAUGGGGUACGCUACUCGAGGCAGACACAGUGCUGCAAACCUUUCCCGGGAAGCAAAUCCUGGAGCGAUUCAGCAAGUGGCUUGAUGGAGAGGCAUUACUCGACACUGCCUCAGUUGCAAAUCCCAAUUUACUAUUGUCGCCACUCACGGUCGUCUCUCAAGUGGUUGAGUAUCUCAAUUAUUUGGACAAGGGAAACCCCACCCAGUCCCACCUACGCAUUUUGAACGGAGUCAAAGAAGGGGGCAUCCAAGGGUUCUGCACUGGGUUUCUCACUGCAGCUGCAUUGUCAUGCUCUCGAGACUAUAGAGAUAUCGUCGAGUUGGGGGCUGUGGCAUUGCGUCUGGCUGUCUGUAUCGGGGCGUAUGUGGAUUUGGACCAGCGCAACACCUCAGAAUUUGCCUCUCUGGCUGGGCGGUGGGCUGCAGCGGCAGACGAACAGAAGGUCAAUGCUAUCUUGGCCAAGUAUGAUAAGGCAUAUAUAUCUGUGCACUCGGACGCGACCUCAGCAACGUUCACUGUUCCACAAACACGCAAGUCCAGUAUCAUUCACGAUAUGAAUAAUAUUGGCCUUCAGGUCAAGGAAAUCCCUCUUGCUGGUCGUUUUCACAACUCGAUUCAUCAAGAGUCCUAUAACAAGCUGGUCCGUUUAUGUGAGAGCACAUCAUCACUGCGAUUCCCCGACCAUUGUCGCCCCCUCGUCCCUCUACGAACCAACGUCAACGGACAAAUCCUCUCUAUUGACGAAGCUCUGCAUGUUGCUGCACUACGAACGUUGCUUCUCGAUGUAUCCGACUGGUAUCAAACCACGAGCAAAGCAGUGGAUAGUCUUGGAUCAUCAACAGCCGGACAACAUGAGGUCGCUGUCCUGGGGCUGGGCGAUUGCAUCCCACGCACAAUUCGGCAGUCUGGUGCUCUCCAUGUAAGCCAUAUCCAGACAGGGGCCAAGCAGGAUUACGACAGACCCUAUCUAUACCCCAGAGACGCUGUUGCUAUUGUCGGAAUGGCUUGUCGAUACCCCGGCGCAGACUCCUUAGAGGAAUACUGGCGAGUCAUCGAAUCUGCAACGUCCAUGCUGAGCGAGCUCCCAGACGGUCGAUUCCCUAAAAUCAACCUCCGUCGUGAUCCAGAUAGGAAGAUUCCUUUGAAUGGGAACUUCCUACGUCACCCUGACCUCUGGGACCAUCGCUUCUUCAAGCGAUCUUCGCGCGAGGCUGCUUCGAUGGACCCUCAGCAUCGCCUGGCGCUGGAAGUUGCCUACGAAGCUCUCGAGUCAGCUGGUUAUUUUUCCCAACACACUCUUGCAAAAGAUAUCGGAUGCUACAUGGGCGUUGCGGCGUCUGACUACGAAGACAAUGUAGCCUCGCAUGCACCAACCGCCUUCUCAGUCCUGGGCAUGGUUCGCGCCUUCACCAGCGGCAAGAUCAGUCAUUUCUUCGGAUUCAGCGGGCCUUCGCUUGUCUUUGACACGGCCUGCUCUUCUUCCUUGGUGGCCAUACACACUGCGUGUCGUGCCCUACAAGCAAACGAAUGUUCCAUGGCCCUCGCUGGUGGUGUGAAUGUCAUUACCAGCCCCACUCUGCACCAAAACCUCGGAGCAGCGAACUUCUUAAGUCCCACUGGUGGAUCCAAAUCCUUUGAUGACCGUGCAGACGGGUACUGUCGUGGCGAGGGCGCAGGUAUAAUCCUACUCAAACGACUUGAUCGCGCCAUUGCCGACAAGGACCGCAUCUUGGGCGUCAUCGCCGGCUCCGCUGUGAACCAGAACGACAACGCAUACCCCGUGACUGUUCCUGUUUCCCUGUCGCAAACUGCCCUUUACCGGCGUGUGCUGGAUAUUGCCAGUCUCUCCCCACGCCGCGUAUCCUAUGUCGAAGCUCAUGGCACUGGCACGCCAAAGGGCGACCCGAUCGAAUGCGCUAGCAUCCGCCAGGUGUUUGGCGGGCAAGCGGAUCGGAAGCUCUACUUGGGCUCAGUGAAGGGGAAUAUAGGACACGCUGAAGCCGCGUCCGGCGUGGCGGGCCUCAUUAAGGUGCUGCUCAUGAUGCAGAAGCGCCUGAUCCCCCCCUCAGGCGAGCUUCAUUUCCUUGAAUAA